AUGGCUCAAUACUACCAAAUAGUUGGACAAGGACAUUCAUUGACUCUUGAGGAUUUGCAAAGAUAUUGCCCAAAUUUAAUAUGUUCCGAUGGCAUAAUAGUCAAUCAAGAUGAUCAACAAUAUCCACAACAACAGGUGGUAGUACAACAAGCAGAGCAACCGAAUGAUAUAAUUGUUAGUGACACUGUCCAACCCCAAUUACUUGUUGGUGAUGGAUUACCAUAUCAGCAACAAUAUAUCAUUCGCCAUGAUCCACCAUCCCAAGCCCAACGUGCUGACUUCCAACAACAACAACAACAGCAGCAGCAGCACCAACAACAGCAACAACAACAAGCUUUACAUAGACAUCAGGUUUACUACACAUCUGAUUUACCUAUGGAUGCACAGGUUGUGUUGCAACAAGCUCAACAGAUCAUUGAUGCAUCACAGCGGCCCCAACAUUUGGUGAGUCCAGCGCAUGUAUUAUCUCAGCCCACUGUCAUUCACCCCGCGCAACAACCCCCGCCACAACCACCACCUCAGCCACCAGCUCAACAUGGACCACAACAAACUCCGCCACAACAACUCAUGCAGCAUUUACAACAACAGCACCAACAACAGAUCCAUUUACAACAGCUUCAACAACAGCAGCAACAGCAACAACAACUGCAGCAUCAAUUGCAACAACAACAACACCAGCAGCACUUGCAGUCUCAACAAAUACAGCCUCAACCAAUACAGCAUCAGAUUGUGAUGCAUGCAGCUUAUGUCAAUCAACCAGGAACACCCACAAGACCAGCUCAACCCCGAUUGCUCAAUCAAGCUCUGAAUACGCCGACGGGAGUGACAUUAGUACGGACGGCGGGUCGUGCUGUGCGUCCUAGACGGCCAACAAUGCGUUCACCUAUGGUUACUCCACCUUUACAAGUACCGCCUCGACUACUUAAUUCUCAACAUCAGCAGCCGACGCUAAACGCGGGUCCGGGCGCCGGGCGGGGGCUGGGCGCGGGCGCGGCGCCGGUGCGAGGCGCGCGGCCGGCGCGGCCCGGCUCGCCGCGCGUGCUGAACCCGCACGCGCAGCACGCGCAGCACCGCCCCGCGCGCCCGCGCACGCCGCUGCUGCAGGUGAGCCUCGAUGUACGCCCCAAUUUAGAUUGUUUUAAAAUACUAUUUGUAUUUUUUCAGCAACAGAUUUUACUAACACAACAAAAUCAAUCGCACGUUCAACAAGCCGCACGUGUAAUAACUCCCCAAGGUACCAUAGUGACACAAACACCACAAACUACGAUGUCUCAACAUCACACCGUACAGACAAACCUCAACAAUGGACCUCUAACUCUACCUCAACAAAACAAUUUAAAUACGACGCCACAUCGCGCUUCACCGCAUCCGCAGCAAGUUCAACAAGUUAAAAAGGUCGCCGUUCAACCAAACAACGCUAGUGAUAUGGAUGAUCUCGAGGAAAGUAUAACAGCAGCGAUAGUUCAGAAGAAUCCAGUAACAGAAAAUCUCAAUCCACCACAACAGUUUCAGUCUCCAUCUCCCCUAAGACAGGUUCAUUCUGGAGGUCUUACUCCAGGCCCCCACGCUGCUGGGGUUUCCCAACAACAUCAAGUUAACUUUAGUCCCCAACAUAGUUUUCAACAACAGCAGACAACCUUUGAAAAUUCACAUAUACAACAGCAACCACCACAAACAAUAAGUCAAUUGUUAAUGGAACCAGAUAACCCUGAAGAGGAGCGGCAGUUUAUAACUUUGACAAAUGGUCAAAGAAUGUCAGUAGCAGAAUAUAGACGAAUGCAUUCAUCACGUGUCUUAUCACAACAACAGCAGCAACAACAACAACAGCAGCAGCAGCAAACAAGGGAUAGUGGACGUCAAACUUUAGUAAGAAGUAAAGAACAACAAAGACCAGUGCAAAGAGUGCCUCCAAUGCAAACACAGCAACAACAAAACCAUCUCACAGAAAGCAGCGAGUCAGGAAGUGGACCGUCAGAACAAACGUUUGAAACUCAAUCGGCGAAAAUGUUAAUAUUCUUACAAAAUGGGGAGCAAAGACUUAUCACCUUCACAUUACCUAAAGAAAGUUGUACUCUUCAAGAAGUUUUAGAACAGGUCAAUGUACCUUUUACUGAAGAUACGAAUAUACAAUGUAUGCAAAAUACUAGUAGUGAAAUAGAUUACUUCGUAUCUGUAGGUUCAACAACGAGGAUUGAAGAAAUGUUAGAAAAUCACCCAAUGUUAGUUGGAGACAUUAGUAGUAGAAGUUCACCAACUGCUCUAUCACAACCUCACAGUAGUGAAAUGUCUACGCCUGAAAAAGGACCGUGUCCUGAAAAUGUAAAUAAUAGUCCUGAAUCUCCAGAACAACGGUCCCCCCCACCGCGCUAUGUUGAUGGAAUGUUAGCACUGUGUAAAUCUUGUGGUUACACAGGAUUUGAUUUUAGUCGAUGUCAGAGAUGUAAAAGAGUAUUUACAGGAGAACCUAAAAGUGUACCAAUAGCAAGCAAGAAAGUGGAGCAAAAGAAAAAAGAACCUGAAAAGUCAUUAUUAGAUAAACAAAUUGCUUCAGGAGAAGGUAUCAAAUUGAAUUUAUUGAAGGCAACAGUUACUAAAACAAUAAACAAUAAAACUGUGCAAGAGAAAAAACCAGCAAGGGUACGGAAACCGAGAGGCAAACAACCUGACCCUGAACUAGUAAUAUUAACACUAAGUUCAGAUGAAGAUGAGAUAAAUAGUUCUGUGGCAAAUAACCAGCAUGAACAGUCAAUAAAUACGAAAGAACCCUCAUUGAGUGAGAUUGAAGGUGGCACCCCUGACAGUGGAAUCAGUGAUUACAUGGAAGAUGAAAGCAGAGAAGAAUUUUUACAGAGCUUAGGUGUUGAGGCCUUGCUUAAUUGUCGAACAAUUAGGAUAGGUUCCUAUAGAUACACCCCUAAAGAAAAGGUUCACAUAUCAGCAAAAGGUAUUAAAAUUGUUGCUCCUUCAUUAAAAUAUGAGUCAAGAGAUGUUGCGCUGCAGAUACCAUUGAAAGAAGUUGUAAGAAUUUUAGUACACUUUGGAAAGGGGCUUCCUGUUAUUUUUUUAUAUACAAUGCAAAAGACUGGCAUGUUUAUAAGCAGAGCAUUGGAUAUGGAAGAAGCAUCAGGGGUUUACUACAACCCAAUGGCUAAAGAUGAUCCAUAUAAAAGAAUAACACUAUUACCUGAAGGAAUAUCAGAUGAUGCAAAAAAUGCUUUAAAAGCCCUAUUUGGUAAAGUUAUUGAUGAGUUAAGCUUAAGAGAAGCCAAUGACAUUUUAGUGAGAACGUGUCCUACAGAAACUAAAAAUGUUCCAAAAUCAACUACUAGAUCAAUAAGCGCUUCCAUUUCUUCAGGAACUAAAAGUUCUAAUCCAACAGAAAUACGCCAAAUUCUAAUUUAUCCGCCCGGUAAAGGUGGAAUUCCAAUAAACACUGAAGAUUAUAUGUGCCUAGCUCAAGAUCAAUUCCUAAACGACGUCAUCAUAGAUUUUUAUUUGAAGUACCUAGUUCAUGAUAUUCUAACCCAUAGUCAGAGAGAAAAGACUCAUAUUUUUAGUACAUUUUUUUAUAAAAGGCUUACAACUAAGCCUAGUAAAGUAAAUAAGAGUUCAAAUCCUCACGAAUGGGAUACCAGUUUGACACCAGCCCAAAAACGUCAUGCAAGGGUGAAAACAUGGACAAAGAAUGUUAACAUAUUUGAGAAAGACUUUAUUGUAGUUCCUAUUAAUGAAAAUUGCCAUUGGUUUGUGGCUAUUAUUUGUUUUCCAAGUUUAGAUGGUUGCAGAAGUAUGCUUGACAAUAGAACUGUUACUCCACAGGAGAUUAAAAGAAAAGAACGCAGAUCGUCAAUGCAGAUUGGCAGCACAACAAUCACACCACUAACAAAGCAGGAACAACUGACAUUAAACUGUGAUUCUGACAAUCUUAGUGAACGUGAUGAAGCAGAAGCAGAGGAAAGUGAUUUAGACAUGCAGUGCGAUUCAGAUGAGGAAGAGGUAGAAAAAGUUGAAAAGAAGCCUGAAGUACCAGUUAUUAGAAAAAAUGAUCCAAUUAAGCAACCCUGUAUUCUCAUAUUUGACUCAUUAGCUGGUGCUUCUCGAUCGAGGGUUGUAGCAACGUUGCGUGAUUACUUGACUUGUGAAUAUCAGGCAAAGAUCUCAAAAAAUAAAGUUUUUAAUAAGGAUAAUAUAAAGGGAAGCUGUCCAAAAAUACCACAACAAAAUAACUUUACCGACUGUGGCCUGUAUUUGUUACAAUAUGUUGAACAAUUUUUUAAGGAUCCUGUCCUGGAUUACACACUGCCAAUUAAACAAUUAGCUAACUGGUUUGAUGAAAUUACAGUAACACGGAAAAGAGAGGAUAUUUCGAAUUUAUUAAAAAACUUAAUGCACAAAUAUAAUCCAGAUUCGCAUUUAACUUUGCCAGACAUUACAUUCCCUACAUUAAAUGGUAAAUUAAUUGAAACAGAAGAGCCACAAGAUGAAAGUACUGAUGGUGAAAAAGGGACAUCCAACCUAAAAGUUCAAAAAUGUGAAAUGAAAGAAUCUGAAGGCCCUACGAUAACAUUUCUAAAACAAACCUCAACCGGUGAAAUAUUAGUAAAGCGAAAUUUUGUUGACACAUCAGACACAAUACACGUGCGAAAGACUAUACGACUCUCUAGUGAUAAUGAAAAUAGAUCUGUGAUGCAAAUAAAACCAGAAUUGGUAAAGAAGAGUGACAAUGAAAAUCAAAUUCUUAUACCUAUUAAAUUGCACACUAGUGAUUUGGUUAAAGACAUUCAAAACACUUUAAUUGUAAAUAAAAGUAAGAACUUUAGUGAUAAAAAAUAUGGUGUACAUAAUCAAAAUGUAUCCAGUGUGAACUGUAUUCGACAAAACGUUAGUGAAAGUGAUGGUAAUUCAUUUCUCAAAAUGAGAAGAUUAAAUAAAAUGGAAGACGUGGUGACUGAGUCAAACAAAAAGUUUAAAAGAAAUGAAUGUUAACAAUGUUGCCUGUCCAUUUAUCCAAUAUAUUAAAUUAUUAUUAAUAUAAUAAAAAUGUAUAGUUGUUUCAUCGAUUUGUAAAUAUUAGUUUAUACUAUUACUACAUGUAUUUAAUACUGUAUCUGUUUUAUAAAGAUGAUGUAAAGUUUUAAAUUUAAUGUAAUAUAGCUUCCAUAAAUACAAAACGAUAGUAAGUUAAUA